CCGAAAGAUCGGAGGUGCGUUUGGUGCCAGUUGCACACGCAGUCCAGCACAACGACAACGUCAGCAUGGCCGAGCCGAGCUGCCCACCGCCGGCCACGGGCAUGGUCCGCGUCCUGCUCCAGCUCGAAGGCCUCUUCCUCCUCAUCGCAUGUCUCGUGGGCUACGCGCGGCUACAGGGCAACUGGAUCGUCUUUGCGUGCGGCUUCUUCGCCGGCGACCUCUUCUCGGUCGCGUACGUCGGCGGCAACUGGCUCGGCGCGAGCGUCUACAACCUCUCGCAUACGCUCGUGGGCCCGCUAAUCGUGCUCGCAAUCUACGCGGUGCUGCCGUCGUCGCCCAUCGGCGUGGCCUACGCGGGGCUUAUCUGGAUGGCGCACAUUGGCUGGGAGCGCUCGCUUGGGUACGGGCUUCGGUACCCCGAAGGCUUUCUCGCAACGAGCAUCACGGUCGAUCAAGACCCCACGAUUUACUUUCAAAAGCCACCAGCGGCGACCGAUACGCCCGUCGCGUCGUACCGUACGUUCCAGCCCUCCGCCGUGUAAUCGCGCCGCAAGCCGUUCGGACGAUCACUGUUCUGCCAUGACAGCGCAUGGAUGGGUUGCGACCACUGCCUCUGAAUUGCCCCUUGAUAAUGUAAGCUGCACUUGAUGACGGUGGCAUUGGUCUUAUGCCAACGUUGCAGCCAGCAUUGAGCAUGG